GGCACAGUGGCUCAUGCCUAUAAUCCCAGCACUUUGAAAGGCUGAGGCAGGCAGAUCACCUGAGGUCAGGAGUUCAAGACCAGCCUGACCAACAUGGAGAAACCUCAUCUCUACUAAAAAUACAAAAUUAGCCGGGUGUGGUGGCACAUGCUUGUAAUCCCAGCUACUCCGGAGACUGAGGCAGAAGAAUCGCUUGAACCCGGGAGGCAGAGGUUGUGGUGAGCCAAGAUCGCACCAUUGUACUCCAGCCUGGGCAACAGGAGUGAAACUCUGUAUUUAAAAAAAAAAAAAAAAAAAGUUUAGCGUGAUGAAAAAGAAUCCUUAGGCAUGGUUGUGGCUAUCUUGGUCACUUGUGUGCUACUUGCCAAUGCUAGGACAUGUCAUAAAAAAAAAGUUUGCUACAUUAGUGUCAAUAUGCAUUUUAUAAUUUACUAUGCUUUUGUUUGACCUAAAAUGAUGAGAUGUAUUUUUAAAAAGCUGUUCGAGGUUAGUGUGGAUAUAGGCACACAAGUAUUGAUGUCAAAUUUUGUUUCAUUUAGGGGGAACAUGCAUUUACAUAACAGGGAUGAAAACUGUACAACAGGGUCCUGAAAUUCCCACAGUGGAGUGCCAAAGGCCUGGGAGCUCUCUCAGCCCAGGGAGGCCCUCCCCACUUCCUAACGAGCAAGAAUAUGCUUUCUUCUUUCCUAAUGGAGGGCAGGAAAAGCGAGAGGAGGGAGACAUAGUGAGUGACUGUGGAAAGGUAGUGUAUUGUGUCUAGAGGUAGGAGACCUGCCCUCAGAUGCUGGCCCCAGCUCUCACAGGUUUUUAGGGCCAGUCAUUUCCUGUUUCCUUGUUUCUUCAACUGUAAAUGGGGAUAAGGAAACCCAUCCUAGUUCCUUUAUACAGUGCUUGAAGAGUCACAUGAGAAGACUUUUUCUUUUAGAGACAGCAUCUCACUAUGUUGGUCAGGUUGGUCUUGAACUCUUGACCUCAAGCUUCCCAUCUUGGCCUCCCAAAGUAUUAGGAUUACAGGUGUGAGCCACCACACCCAGCCCCCCCUUUUUUUUGAGAGGAUAGUUCUGAAAGGACAAUGAAAGGACCUUGUAACUGCUAAAUGCUGGACAGUUGUAACGUGCUGAUCCUGUCCCAGCCCUGGAGAGAUGGGAUGUGAGACUAGAGGCUCAGCGUGGCCAGGAAAGGAAGAGGCCACAGGAGUGAUAUCAGGUCCUGUGAAUAAUAACCUGGGGGCCUUUGGCCGUUCUCAGCUAUCCCGUUGAACUCUUUCAUCUACUGGUUUAGGAUUUUCCCCAUAAUUCCACUCACCAAACUGUAAGCCUUUUGGUCAAAAUGGGGCAGGACCUUUUGGUCAAAAGGGGUAGAAACCCAACUCUUAGCAUUGGCAAAGGGACUGUGAACUUAGCUCUCAGAGCUGAAGGCACUGCCAAGGAGCCAGGCAGCUCUCAGAGCUAGGUAUGGGGACCGAAGAUACCCGGAUGCUGUCUCUGUCUAUCUUUUGUUUCUGCUGGUCUCCCCCAGGCUUCAUUCCCUCCUGCCGCAAGCAGACCUUGGACAUGCGGAGAGAAAUGACUUGCAGCAGGAGAUCCAGAUCCUUCAAGGACAUGUGUCCUUCUGUCUCCCUCCACUUGGACAAAUCUCAAGAAGGACUCUGAUUGGCUUCUAUCAGAUAGCCACCCCCAAACCAGUUGCCCUGACCAAUAGGAUCUCCUUUUGGUCAGAGUCUAUUAUCAGAAGCCAGUGGAGCAGCCCCAAACACCAGCUAUCUCGCCUAAAGCAGACCUGGCACUGGGCUAGGAAUUGGAGACAAUAAUGAGGAGGACACAGCCCCUACCCUCGAGCAGCUCAUGGUCUAGUGUGGGUGUGUGAAAGGGUGGCAGCCAGGUCAUUGGAGUGAUGCAGAUCCCUGCCUGUAUCAAGGGUCUGCCAGUCUGAGAAGCUUCUUGUCAUAAGGGCAUCCAGGGGCCACCUGCCCCUACGUUGCCAGCCCCCAGCAUGCAGGAUAAUGUAACAUCAGCAUUGUUGGACCCCAGCCACUCCUCAGUCUCCACCCAGGACAAGUCCUCCACUGGAGGCCACACUUCAAGCACAGGCCCACAGCCCUCAAAGCUUUCUUCAAUCACACCAGUGCCUGCAAAGUCCAGGAACCCAAAUUCUGGGGCCAAUUUCCAUCGGAUGCGCCGGAUCAUUGCUGAGGAUCCUGAGUGGUCUCUGACCAUCGUGCCCCUCCUCACAGAGCUCUGCAUUCAGCACAUCAUCAAGAACUUCCAGAGAAACCCUAUCCUGAAGCAGCUGCUCCCGGAGCACCAGCAGAAAGUCCUGAACCACCUGUCCCCUGACCUACCACUAGCUGUGACCGCCAACCUGAUAGACGAUGAGAACUACUGGCUCCGCUGCUGCAUGCAGCGCUGGCCCGUGUGCCACGUGGCCGAGCAUGGCGGCAGCUGGAAACGCAUGUUCUUUGAGCGGCACCUGGAGAACCUGCUAAAGCACUUUAUCCCAGGCACCACGGACCCCGCAGUGAUCCUCGACCUGCUGCCACUCUGCAGGAAUUAUGUGCGCAGGGUCCACGUCGAUCAGUUCCUUCCGCCGGUGCGGCUCCUGGCCCAGCCCCAGACCGGGGACCAGUCGGACUCCGGCAGCGAGGGAGAAAUGGAAGAGCCCGCCCUGGACCACUACCAACUGGGCGAUCUGGUAGCUGGCCUGAGCCACCUGGAGGAGCUGGACCUGGUGUACGGUGUCAAGGACUGCGGCAUGAACUUCGAGUGGAAUCUCUUCCUCUUCACCUACCACGACUGUCACUCCUUAGCAGCCACCAUCAAGGCAUGCCACACCCUCAAGAUCUUCAAGCUGACCCAAAGCAAAGUGAACGAUGAGAAGGCACGCAUCAUAAUUCGAAGCCUUCUGGACCACCCAGUCCUCGAGGAGCUGGACCUGUCACACAACCUCAUCGGGGACCGUGGUGCACGAGGUGCUGCCAAGCUGCUGAACCACAGCCGCCUGCGUGUGCUCAACCUGGCCAACAACCAGGUGCAUGGGCCAGGUGCCCAGUCCCUGGCUCAUGCUCUGGCACACAACACCAACCUCGUUUCCCUCAACCUACGCCUCAACUGCAUCAAGGAUGAGGGUGGCCAGGCUCUUGCCCAUGCCUUGCAGACCAACAAGUGCCUCACCACGCUGCACCUCGGUGGCAAUGAGCUGUCUGAGCCCACUGCCACCCUCCUGUCCCAGGUGCUCGCCAUCAACACCACACUCACCAGCAUCAACCUGUCCUGCAACCACAUCGGGCUGGACGGUGGGAAGCAGCUCCUGGAAGGCAUGUCAGACAACAAGACCCUUCUGGAGUUUGACUUGCGCCUGUCAGAUGUGGCCCAGGAGAGCGAGUACCUCAUUGGCCAGGCCCUCUAUGCCAAUCGAGAAGCAGCCCGCCAGCGGGCCUUGAAUCCCAGCCACUUCAUGUCAACCAUCACUGCCAGUGGCCCUGAGAACUCUGGGAUAAAAUGACCUGACUUGG